UGUCCUGGAAGGUCAGUUAUACAACAUGACAGAUGCAUAUGGAGCGAGACAAAUACUUUGCUGCGAAGAUUAAAAGCCCGUGAUCGGAACAAGACACGUGAUAAUGUAUGUCAGAAACUAUUCCUUGUGAAGACUGAAUCAAGUCCUGAUCUUAAUGCACUAGCUGAAACUAGUUCGGUCGUAGCAGGCUCACAGAACAGACUGGCGUCGGGCGAUCCUAUCAGCUAUUGGACAUUUUUCUUGAUUUGCAUCACAAUUGAUACUUGAGCAUUCUACCAUCAUGCCAAUUAUAUACGUGUCACCCGAGAAUGACCCGCAAACGAAAUACCCAAUACUGGAAGUAAACGGCGUUCGCUACCCAUACGUCUUUGAUGAAGAGGUCAUCCGGAACAUGAUGGAUGUGGACAUGAACGAUGAUGACGUAAUGUUGUGUGGAUAUAUGCGAUCUGGGACUCACUGGUGUUUUGAAGUCAUCAACAUGCUGUUGAGGAAGUGUGACGACACGAUACCUUACAAGAAGGAAGACUUUCACAUCGAGCAAACAUCCAAUGAGAAGCUUGCACAUCUUCCUUUACCCCGUGUUCUCAAUGGACACAUGCAUUUUGAACUUCUCCCAAAAGCGGCACUGGAAAAAAAGUUGAAAAUUGUUUAUGUUUUGAGGGACCCACGUGAUGUCGCCUGCUCUUGGUAUCAGCUGAUUAAAAAGUAUUUUCGGUGCAGAGAGAAGGUUGAAAUAUGUCCUUUUGCUGCUUGGAUGAAGUUAUUCCUAAAUGGCAAACUUGAAUGGGGCACCUGGUUCGAUCACGUGACAAACUGGGAGAAGGCAAUGGCCAAUCCUCAGCACUCCUCGUCGAUUUUAGUGGUCCGCUUUGAGGAUCUUGUGACACAACCAGUUCGAGAAAUUGAACGAAUCGACGAAUUUCUCAACACGAAAACGGAUGACACGUUUCGGAGACGAGUCGUGGAGAAGUGUAGCCUUGACAACAUGAUACGAGACAAGCACUCCGUUACAAAGAAGCUGGAGGGGAAGAGCGUACAUUUUGUUCAAGGAAAGAUCGGAUCAUGGAAGGACAACUUUUCUGCAGAGCUGAGUGAAUAUUUCAACCGUGUCUACGAUGAAAAGAUGAAAGAUUCCAAGUUCUACAAUAUGUACAGACAGCAUUGAAGUCAAGUCUGGCAACAUGUCGCAGUUCGUUGUCGCUGUUGGUUGUCGCUGUUGGUUAUCUGAGGAUUGGUGACACCAUCAUAAUUAUAUGAUUUUCAGAAAAUUGAUUACCCAAAGUUUAAAAAACGGUUACGUUGUGGGAAUCGUAAAAGGUACUUUAAGUAGUCAUUUCACUUAAUGUUUAUGCUAAUUGUAUGAGUGGUGGGGCUACCGGUAAGGCAGGGCAUGUUUAGCCUUCUCGAGAGCAGCUUGUUUUCAGCUAUUCUUUCAUGUAAUUUUCAAAGCCAUGUCGCCUUUUAAGCCGAUUUGAAUCUGUGUCGUCGGAGAAUGAUUAUAUAUGCUGACGUUGUCGUUCCGCAUCAUAAUCAUUGAAAUGUUUUUGUCACCUUAAUACAAUAUAUACUCGUCUAUUCAUAAGAAUUAAAGAAAACCCAU